UACCUGAGGAGCUAUACGGCAGUAGCAGAAACGGAGUGUGCUCUUGAAACGUAUGGAAUAAGCAACUGGUACCGUGUGAACAUAUUGAUGACACUUUUCUGCCUGAUUUGGACAGAUCAUUGGUGCACUCAUUAAGAUCUGACUCCAGUUCUUUCCAGACAGUGAACUUGGCUGGGAUCCUGUAAUACAGUUUUAGAGGUGUCCAGACUCUGUAAUGAUGAAAGAUUUCCAGUAGAAGAGGAUGAGACAAGAAUUAAAUGCAUGUGGGAGACUCUGGACCUAGGCACUUCCAGCUUUUGAUGCUAGCUGGGAGGGAGCUUGAUAUACACUUUUAUCAGCCUUUCUAAGAAAAAAACAGGUUUGUGCGUUUGUGCUUCCAGACAGAAUUUAUACAGACAAAAUUCUGAAUAUGGCUUAACUUGUUCUUGAUAUUGGCAGUGUUUCUAAUGAGUGCCCCAUGGACUGUAUCAAGUUCAGGGGGUUCUAUGCUAGCACUGUGGAGCAGAACCCUGAGCAGCAACCUGGUAUCAGUGAAAAUAUUUCUUCAUCGCUCUCAUUGAAAGAGCAACAGAAAAUGAGUGAGUAUUCUGGACUUGCAAACAACCAUAGCCAGAUGAUUGCUGCUGGAGAUUCAGAAAUUCAGGCAAAGCCUGAACAGUCUCAUGAAGUUCUUCAAGAAGAUAUUGAAAUGAGCAGUGGAUCCAGUGGAAAUGACUUCAGUGGAAAUGACACAAAUGAAAACUAUUCCAGUGGACAUGAUUCUCAUGGCCAUGAAUCUGAUGAAAAUGGGAAAGAUUCAGCAAUGCUCAUGGAACCUUUAGACUGUCAUAAAAGUUCAAGCUCAAAUGCAUUUAGUCUGAUGAUCGCAAACUCUGAGCACAAUCAGUCUAGCAGUGGAUGCAGUAGUGAGCAGUCCACUAAAGCCAAAACACAAAAGGAAUUGUUGAAAACAUUACAAGAGCUGAAAGCUCACCUUCCUUCUGAAAAGAGAAUCAAAGGCAAAUCUAGUGUCCUAACAACAUUGAAAUAUGCCCUUAAAAGCAUUAAACAAGUUAAAGCCAAUGAGGAGUAUUAUCAAUUGUUGAUGAUUAAUGAAACCCAGCCUUCUGGACUUAAUGUGUCAUCUUACACAGUGGAAGAAGUUGAGAAUAUAACCUCAGAAUACAUCAUGAAAAAUGCGGAUAUGUUUGCUGUAGCUGUUUCUUUGAUUACUGGGAAAAUCUUGUACAUCUCUGAUCAAGCCGCUUCUAUCCUCCGUUGUAAGAGGGGUUAUUUUAAAAAUGCCAAAUUUGUGGAGUUCUUGGCACCUCAGGAUGUCAGUGUGUUCUAUACUUCCACUACCCCAUACAGAUUACCCUCAUGGAAUAUUUGUAAUAGAGCUGAGUCUUCCACCCAGGACUGCAUGGAAGAGAAAUCUUUCUUCUGUCGUAUCAGUGCAGGAAAAGAGCGUGAAAACGAGAUUUGCUAUCACCCGUUUCGGAUGACUCCUUACCUUAUCAAAGUGCAAGAUCCGGAAAUAGCAGAGGACCAGCUUUGCUGUGUGCUGCUGGCAGAAAAAGUGCACUCUGGUUAUGAAGCGCCCAGGAUUCCUCCUGACAAAAGAAUAUUUACAACUACACAUACACCAACCUGCUUGUUUCAGGAUGUAGAUGAAAGAGCGGUACCUCUCUUGGGAUACCUACCUCAGGACUUAAUAGGAACACCAGUCUUGGUGCAUCUCCACCCGAAUGACAGACCCUUAAUGCUAGCAAUUCACAAAAAAAUACUUCAGUAUGGAGGACAGCCUUUUGACUAUUCACCAAUCAGGUUUUGCACUAGAAAUGGAGAUUAUAUAACCAUGGACACUAGCUGGUCCAGUUUCAUCAAUCCUUGGAGUCGAAAAGUUUCAUUUAUCAUUGGAAGGCACAAAGUUAGGACGGGUCCUUUAAAUGAAGAUGUUUUUGCUGCUCCCAACUAUACGGAGGAUAGAAUCCUUCAUCCCAGUGUUCAGGAAAUCACUGAGCAAAUAUAUCGGCUAUUACUGCAGCCUGUACACAACAGUGGAUCCAGUGGCUAUGGAAGCCUGGGUAGCAACGGCUCACAUGAGCACUUAAUGAGUGUGGCGUCCUCUAGUGACAGCACGGGAAAUAACAAUGAAGACGCUCAUAAGGAUAAACCGGAUAUUUGUCAAGGUGCCCGUAAGGUCAAAAAUAAAGGACAACACCUCUUCACUGACAGUAAAGCAAAACUGGAAUAUAAGAGAGAGUCUCUUGCAGGGGAAAUGCCAGGAUUAAUACAUAAUAGCAAUAUGUUUUUAACAGAGAAACAAAGUGGUCCUGGUGAUCAUGUUAAAGAUGUGACAGGAAAAGAUGCUGCGAUCAUAGCUGCUCCUAAAAAUGUGGUUACUGAGGAAUUGGCUUGGAAGGAACAACCUGUAUAUUCUUACCAACAGAUUAGCUGUUUAGACAGUGUCAUCAGGUACUUGGAGAGUUGUAACGUGCCUGGUACAUCAAAGAGAAAAUGUGAACCUUCAUCAAAUGUUGCGUCACUGAAUUGUGGUGUUCAUGAACCAAAAACAGCUGAUAAUGCUAUACAACCCUUGGGAGACCCUGCUGUGUUGAAGGCAUCUGAUAAAUCAAGUGCUGCCCCCGUAGUUGGUGCUCACUUAACCUCUUUGGCUUUACCUGGCAAACCAGAAAGUGUUGUAUCUCUCACAAGUCAGUGCAGCUACAGUAGCACCAUUGUUCAUGUUGGAGACAAAAAGCCACAACCUGAAUUAGAAAUGAUAGAAGAUGGUCCUGGUGGAGCAGAACUCUUAGAUGGCCAGCUUCUUGCCCCUCCAUCCAGCUCUGUGCACGUCAAUCAGGAAAAGGAGCCAUUUAAAAAAUUGGGACUUACAAAGGAAGUUCUUGCAGUGCAUACACAAAAAGAAGAGCAGAGCUUUUUGAAUAAGUUUAAAGAAAUCAAGAGGUUCAAUAUUUUCCAGUCUCACUGCAAUUAUUACUUACAAGAUAAACCCAAAGGACGGCCUGGUGAACGUGGCGGCCGUGGACAAAGAAAUGGUACUUCUGGGAUGGAUCAGCCUUGGAAGAAAAGUGGGAAAAACAGGAAAUCAAAACGCAUUAAACCACAGGAAUCUUCAGACAGUACAACUUCGGGAACUAAAUUCCCCCAUCGGUUCCCACUUCAAGGUUUAAAUACUACAGCUUGGUCACCAUCAGACACUUCACAAACGAGCUAUUCAGCCAUGUCUUUCCCCACCGUUAUGCCUGCGUAUCCACUUCCUGUUUUUCCAGCAGCGGGGACUGUGCCACCGCCUUCUGAGGCUCCACUCUCUGGUUUUAAUCAGUUACCAGACUCUAGAAAUGCUUGUCCUAUGCAACCAUCCCAGUUCUCUGCACCCCUUAUGACGCCUGUCGUAGCUCUUGUGCUCCCGAACUACGUCUACCCAGAGAUGAACAAUAACUUACCUCAGCCCCUUUACCAUAGCCAACCUGACUUUCCUGCCCAUUCCGCUUUCUCGUCACAGACAGUAUUUCCGGCACAGCCACCAUUCACUGCCCCCAAUCCUUUCCCACAACAGGCGUUUUUUCCGACGCAGCCAUUCCAUUAUAAUCCACCAGCAGAGAGUGAAAAGGUUCCUGUCACAGAGCCACGAAAUGAACCAUCCCGUUCCUGCACUCCACAGUCAGUUGGUCCACAAGACCAGGCUUCACCGCCUUUGUUCCAGUCAAGAUGCAGUUCUCCUCUGAACCUUCUACAACUGGAAGAAACUACCAAAACAGCUGAAAGUGGAGCUGCUGCGGGUUUACAUGGAGCUUUAAGUGAGGAAGGAGGUAUAGGCAAAAUCAUGACAACUGAUGACUGCAGUGGAAAGGGAUCUUUACCAGCUGAAUCUCCAAUGGAUGCUCAAAAUAGUGAUGCACUCUCCAUGUCCAGUGUCCUGCUUGACAUUUUACUUCAGGAAGAUGCAUGUUCAGGCACUGGUUCAGCUUCAUCAGGAAGUGGUGUAUCUGCAGCUGCUGAAUCUUUGGGCUCUGGAUCCAAUGGCUGUGGCUUGUCAGGGAGCAGAACAGGUAGUAGUGAAACUAGUCAUACCAGCAAAUACUUUGGGAGUAUUGACUCCUCGGAAAAUCAUCAUAAAACCAAAAUGAAGACAGAAAUAGAAGAAAGUGAGCACUUCAUUAAGUAUGUCCUUCAAGAUCCUAUAUGGCUUUUGAUGGCAAACACGGAUGACACUGUUAUGAUGACUUACCAGAUACCUUCUCGAGAUUUGGAGACAGUUUUAAAAGAAGAUAAGCAGAAAUUAAAGCAAAUGCUGAAACUACAGCCAAAAUUUACAGAGGAACAGAAAAGAGAGCUUAUUGAAGUUCAUCCGUGGAUCCAGCAAGGUGGACUGCCGAAAGCAGUAGCCAAUUCUGAAUGUAUUUUUUGUGAGGACAACGUACAGAGCAAUUUUUAUACAUCAUAUGAUGAAGAAAUCCAUGAAAUGGACCUUAAUGAAAUGAUUGAAGAUAGUGGGGAGAACAACUUGGUUUCCCUGAGUCAAGUCAAUGAAGAACAAACAUAGCCUUUGAGCCUCUUUUUUUUUUUUAAAGCUGCUUCAAAAUUACAGUGAUGAUCCGUAAAGGUUUUAAUCUUGUUUCCAGCAAGAUGAAUCUGGUUCAUAAAACAAGCGUAUUUUUUCUGUUCUAGAAGAGUCAUUUGUGAAAGAAUCUCUUUUUUAAAUGGUGGCAAUCUCUUCCCAGUAAGGACAUUGUUGAAGAUGGUAUAGCUUUUCUUUAAAAAAAAACAAAGACUCAUAUUUUGCACUUACAUGCCUCAAGUAUUUCUUUAUAAACUGUAGACGUUUUCAUUGAUGCCUACUGUUUUUUGUAGAGUGCGUUAAUGAGUACUGAAAAUCCCCGUAAGUACAUAUGGUUCUUCAAAUCUCUUUUCAGUAAUGAUGCAGCAUUAUAAAUUAUUCUAGCAGUUUUGCUUAAUAGCUCUUUAGCAUUGCCGUUAAUAUUUGAAGUGGUCCAGCAUAGUAGAAGAAAUAACCUUCGAGCAAAUUAAUUCACACCUGUCCUUCUCAUAGCAGUUGAUCUCAUCAUCUGUUUUUGUUUCCUAUAGUUUUCACUGUAGGAAUUUUUUUCUUUUGUCUAAAAGCAAUGUAAAUUUUUUUUUUUUUUUUUAAGAAGGCCUUAGGUUAAAAUUCUUAUGUGAAUGUGUAGGAAAGUAUAGAUGAGUGCUGACAACUUUGUAGCCUUUUAUUUAAAUGGAUGCUGCAGUACUAUGAACUGUUUAUUAUCUUGAAGCAUCAUUUCUGAGAACUUUAUCCACAGGAUAUCUUUAUGCUCAAAGAUUUGAGAACUGAGACCACAGAGGAUGACUGUGUAUGCUCCAGUGACUGUUAGACAAAGCUUGAUAUAACUUGUAACCUCUCUUUCUGAUUUGUUCCUUCACAAGGCUGGCCAAAAGUGUUGGCCAUCAGUUUUCUCUUUGGCUAAAUAAACAUCAAACUCCCGUGUGGCAAGAGAGGAAGAGACGUUUCUCUUAAUUUGAAGGAAGUUCUUAUAAAAAGAAGAGAUUUUGAGGAUAGUGUUGACUUUUACUGUGUUUGAACUGCAUAAUCUAAAGCUUAGUGUGGGUAGAAUCCUUUGCUGUCAAGGAUUUAAUUUAGUGUCUCUGAAAUUGUAUUGACUUGAAUAUAUGUACUUUAUGUUCUUGUGCUGUUUAUACAUGUUAGCCAUGGGAAGAGAACAAAAAAAAAUAACGCUGUCAAUAAUGGUUAGGUAAAGGGCAUUUAGUUGCAGUACUGCUAGAUAUCAAUUGUAGGCCUUGGGUUGGAAAACAUAGGGAGAAAUUCAAUUAACUUUGACAUGUUUGUCUUAAAAUAUUUUUCAUUAAAUGUGUUUCUUUUUUGGGGGGGAUAACAUUUCUAUUCACUGAAAUUAAACGUUAUCUUCAUUCUGUAAAAAUAUUUGUCUUUGCGUAGAAAGAGGACACGAAGUUGAACUUAACACCACCAAAAAUGUGUAGAAGUGGCUGAUAUUUGCUGGGUGGAAGAAAGACAUGUAAAGUAAUUAAUAAUUAAUUGGGCAGUGUCAUAAUGACGUUUGCAUUGGACACAGGUUCUGGAGUUAGCAGAGAGAAUGAACUCGAAGCAAGUAGAAUCACAACCUAAAGAGCAAUUAUCUUAAAUGUAGUGUGAGACACUACCCAGCAAGCUCCAAUUCCUGUCUUUAAUAGUUUAGCAAGGUCAAACUUAAGCAUAUGUAAAUAUAAACUGAAUGAGAAACUUUAAAAUGUUGAUGUUCAAGUCCAAUAUAUUAAAUGUUUUAAUCAUAAAUGGAACAGUGCAGCUAUGCCAGCAUAUUACGUAUAUUCCAUUUUUUGACAUUUAAAAGCAAAUGGUUUUCAUUGGACCAGGGUUUGGGAAAAUAAAAGCUUUAUAUAAAGGAGUGCAUCAUAAUUAUACAAAUGAUUUUCAGGGACUUCUCAACCACUUUGUGAACUUCUUUGCUUUAGCAUGCUUUUUAUCCUUGUUUGUUUUUUUGUUUUUUGUUGUUUUCUUUUUUUUUUUUUUUUUCAAUGACCAUCACACAACCAUAACUUAGUGAAAGGAAGAGAAAAGUAUAUUUAGAGCAUUUUGUGGAUGUGCUUACUUAAGAACUUAUUCUUGCAUCCUUUAAAGUGUUUGCAUUUACAGGGUGGUAUUAAAAUAUUUUCCUGUAACUUUAAAUCUACAUGCCUCCAUUUAUAGAUAAGAUUCUGAAGCCUGUAAUUUUUCCAAACUGUUGUAAGACGACUUAUUUGUGAUGACACUUUGUCAACAUGUCAACAAUGUUUUCUGUACACUGUGCAAUAUAUUUUGGUUUUGCCACUUGUGACUAAUUUUUAUGACUUUGCUUUUUAGAAAACUGGUAAAUAAAACGGAUAUAUUUUUA